AUGAAGAAACCUCGUUCCUUGGGCGCAUUGGCCCUUUUUGCCCCCGGGGUGUUUGCGCAGAGCUGCAUAUCACUGGCUGGUUCGACGACUUGCCCUGCUUUCAACGCUUCUUCAAUAUCGACAGAUUCUACUUUAGUUGCCCUAUAUCCCUUCCUUGCUUUCGUGACGUCGACCGAGAGCUUCGACACUCAAUUAAGUCAAUAUGUGGAUGAGCAAUAUGUACAGACAAAAUAUGUCAAUAUCUUUGGUUGUGACAACGUCAAUUUAGGAAACACCUCCAGCUAUUAUGCCCGGUACACGACCAGCUUCCUCUGCAAUGGAAUUGUCCAAAAUUCAAGGACACCCUGCGGUCUAUCCGCCGCCGAUUCCCAACCUCUGUGCGCCGAUUCUUGUGCCGAUUUGGCGCUGAGCGAGGAACAAAUUGUCUCGAGCAACCUAUGCACGGGUCGCAACAGCGACUAUGCAGAUGAACUUCGAGCCGACUUCACCAACUGUGCUUUGCCUGCAAAUUCUAUUAGUGGCAGUUGCAUCACAGGAGAGUCAAACGAACCUGACGACUGUGGGUUCGGUGACAAUCUCCCCGGCCUGUGCAGCUUCUGUCGCUCAAGCACCCUCAAUGGGACAGACUCGUGCUGCUUGACCUCCAACGCGACUGGUCGAUGCCAGGAUGUGACGCUUCCUGUCUUCUCCACAAUUUCCAAUCUCUUCUCCUCUACUACCAGUGCGACGUCUUCACCAACCUCGAGCCCAACGGCUGCCGCUAGCCACGGAGGCGGUGGUUUGAGUGGCGGAGCGAUCGCCGGAAUCGUUGUCGGAUCCGUGCUGGGAUUUCUCCUCCUGCUUGCCGUGAUCAUCUUAUGCUUCAUGUGUCUUCGCCGCAGACGUAACGAUAGCAAAGCAGGCAGUGUUCUCAACCAACCUUCGCCUCAAAGGAAGGGUGUUGUGUCUGCGUCCUACAACCAACCCAUGUCGCAGCAGGGGUAUGAGGUCUUACCUGGCGGCCGGGUCGCCCGUAUGUCUGCACUGCAGGAUGAUCAACCAGGCGUUGGACCUACAGUUGGACCACGGAAUUAUACAUCACAUACAGACCCGUAUGGCGACAGCCCAGAAUCGCGCGAAAAGGCGCUGGGUGCGGUUGGCGCCUUGAAAGCUAAUGGCUCACCGGGCAGCGACUCACAACAUGGAUCGUCUCCGGGUGACUUCUCCUCCCCGGAAGGAGUUGCAAGUGGGCAAUCAGAGCAAUUGCCGUUCUUCAAGGACUAUUACUCUAACGACGAUAUACAUCCUGGAGAUAAGGUCUCUGUGCUAUGGGCAUAUCAACCUCGAGCGGGAGAUGAGUUUGAAUUGGAACGUGGUGAUAUGUUGAAAGUGGUCGGCAUCUGGGAUGACGGCUGGGCGACGGGAGUGCGUAUCAACGAGCGGGCAGAAGACUACGACGGCAAGCAUAAGGUGCAACGAGACAGUGGUGUCUCGAACGGAUCUGCAGCUCGCGAAGAAUCCCCUACUCCAUCAGGCGAGAUCAAGGCCUUUCCUCUUGUCUGUGUUUGCUUACCGGAAGCUUGGAAGAAGACGGUAGAAGGCGACACGUCUACAGAAAGCGGCUCAGGCGGUGCUCCACCGAUAUGA